GGACACAUUGAAGGGACCUCUUAUAGUGGAAGCAUAUCACCUGGGUGACAGAUAUCGCUAUCAACGUCUAUGAUCACCUUGUCGUGAAGUUAAACAGACUACAUUAUAGGUGGAGAAUUACCUGACGUGAUUGCCAAAUCAAGGACGGGAUACCUACGGGACUUCACUCACAAACAUACUAUUGCCACCAGGAGAAGCUGAGAGGAGUCACGGCUGAGAUCUUGCUGCCUAGAAUACGAUUCCCCUCCAGCUGAUCUACAGACAUGGAUGUAGUGGUCAGUCAUGACCUCUGCAAUGAGGAGAAAAGCUUCGUCCAGGAGAGGCUUAAAGUCAUAGACAGCUGUCUGCGCAGUCAUGACAUCCACUGCAAAAGUAGUGCCCCCCCUCGUGUGGCCCUCCUGGGCUCUGGCGGGGGGCAGAGGGCGGACGUGGCCCUGCUGGGCACCCUGCGGCAGCUGGCGGAGGAGAACAUCCUGGACGCCUUCCUCUACCUGGCCGGGGUGUCUGGGUCCACAUGGGCCAUGGCAUCCCUCUACGGCGACCCCCAAUGGUCUAGAAACGCAGGUGCGGCAGUGGAGAGGGCCCUGCAGGCCAUGUCCGAGGGGCAGAGCAGCACGUUUUCCGAGUGCGUGCAGUGGCUCCGACAGAGGGACGAGCAGGGGCAUCUCUCGCUCUCCGACUUCUGGGGCGUGGUGGUCUGCUUCAGCAAAGGGGCGAUGCUGGAGCCCAGGACCCUGUCAGAAGAGAGCGGCGAAGACAUCGAUGCCACCAAUCCAUACCAGAUCUAUAGUGCAAUUGAAAGACGGCGAUUUGAGCAGAAAGAAAAAGAUCUGUGGUUUGAGCUGAGCCCUGAUCAGGCCGGCUUCACCUGCCCUGGAGCGUUCAUCAAGACCUCCCUGCUGAAGCAGCACUUUGAUGCCGGACACGUAACACUGCAGCCCGAGAGGAAACCCAUGGACAUGGUGGAGUUACAAGGUAUAUGUGGUAGUGUCCUGGCUUCUAUGCAAGGUGACUGGAAAAUGUUCCUGGGCAUCAUUAAGAACUGGGUUCAUCAAUUCUUCCCAGGGUCAUCGAUAAGUCUUUCCGUGGCAAAGCGAGGCAUGCAGCAGGCUCUGAUGUUUCUCAUGGAGCUGGUGGACGACUUCGAUGACAUGGAGGCUAGCCAUGGAGUCCUGGAGAAGCUGAAGUCUCAACUUAAAGAUGACUUUGGACUGAUCAGCAAGACACUAAUUGAGAUGGAGACCACAGCCUGGACUGUGAUGAGCACUGAGGAGAAGAGGGAGUGUCUGAAACUCAUCUUGGAUGAACUGGCCGAGUCCCUGAAGCUGCAAAUGGUGGACAGCCGGGCCCGCUCGGGAAACCCGAAUCUCGACGGACUUUGGGUCAUCACAAAGAUUUUGCAGUUAGCUUACAGCUGGCAGUUUGGAAACACGGACAACUUUCUCUACAACUUACGAGAUUCCAGGGUGCCAAAGGACAUGUGUGAGAGGGACAUGAUGCACUUGAUAGACGCAGGUCUGUACCUGAACUCCGCCUACCCGCCCGUGCUGAGGGAAGGACGUGCCGUUGACAUCAUCGUCUCCUUUGACUUCAGUGAGGACCAACCUUUCCAGACACUGAAGGGAGCCAUGGAGUACGCUGCUAUGAACAAACGGCCUUUCCCAACCAUAAAUCUGAGCGGCUUGAAUGAAGCCUGCCCAAAGCCCUGGUACGUUUUUGAGGAGAAGGGCAAACCGACGGUCAUCCACAUUCCUCUCUUCAACAGGGGAAACUGCAAAGACACUGCCACCAUUGAGGAGAAGCGAAAAGAGUACCGCACCUUCCAGAUGCCGUACCGCGAGCCGCGCAAGGUGCAGCAUCUGGCGGACCUGGCAGCGGAGAACGUGAGGAGGAGCAGCCAUGUCAUCCUGGACCAGAUACAGAAGGCGGCCGAGCGGAACAAACAGCAACCGUGUAUUAUUCUCUAAACAACUACACUACAUGGCAUUGAAGAUUACUUGCCUGUGUUAUGCACACGCACACACACACACACACACACAUACACAGUACACGUAUGCGUGCGCUGCGCUGGUCAAUCACCUGCAAACAAGAAACCCAGUGUUCUUUGUUGAACUGACUGUGAAAGACACAUGCUUGCACACACACACACACACACACACACACACACACACACACACACACACACACACACACACACACACACACACACACACACACACACACACACACGCACACACACAACCUGGAACAGUUACACAAAAUGACAAGGUAACUGAAUAUUUUUGUUUACUUCAGUGACUGACACAAAUUAGAUAUUUUGACUCAAGUUACAAUACUGAACAAACAUGCAAAAAUGAAACCUUAAAAGGUGUACUGUGUGAGAUUUUUAGUUGUUUAUUUCCAGAAUUCAUGCUGCCCAUUCACUAAUGUUACCUUUUUCAUGAAUACUUACCACCAGCAUCAAAUUCUAAGUAUUCAUUAUGACUGGAAAAAAUGCAUUUUUCAUAAAAAGGGGGCAUUUUUCAUUUCAUCAAAGCGGGAUCUUCUCCAUGGUCCGCCAUUUUGAGUUACCAAAAAUAGCCAUUUUUAGCUGCAAAAACGACUGAACUUGGACCAUACCAGAAAAUAUUUGUUUAUUACUUAAACUUUCAUGUAAAGAUCAAAUUUGGCAAUAGGCAGCCCAGUUUCAAUUAGCAGCAUAGUUGCAGUACCUUUUUUGACCAUUUCCUGCACAGUGUCCCUUUAAGUAAAUUAUGUUGAUGCUUAAUUUAUUUGUAUGUGUACAAAAAUGUAAAUCGAGUUUAUUUUUAUGGAAUUCUGGACUGGUGUGUGUGUGUGUGUGUCUGUCUGUGUGUGUGUGUGUCUGUGUGUGUGCGUGUGCGUGUGCGUGUGUGUGUGACUUCUGUGCCCGUGAUCGCCUCCUAAGGAUGUAUUAACAUACCUCACAACCUGCUGUUGAUGUGGACAAACGAACAAAAACAUAUUCAAA